AUGUAUUGCCUUUGCCGAUCGUCGAAAACCAUCACCGUGCGGAUCGUGCUGCUGGACGAGACGGACUUUCUUCACGAACUGCAGGACGAUCUGCCCGGUCAGGCCCUGCUGGAUGUGGUGUUCGCUCGGCUCAACCUGAUAGAGACGGCGUACUUCGGCAUCCGGUACAUCGAUCAGGACAAUCAGACGCACUGGCUUGAUCCUGGAGCGCGCCUAUCUCGGCAGCUGAAGGCGGGUAAGCUGCCGUACGACCUGUACUUUGGCGUCAAAUUCUACGCGUGUGACCCGUGCAAGCUGGUCGAGGAAAUCACGAGGUACCAGCUGUACUUGCAGGUCAAGCAGGACAUCCUCCAGGGCCGGCUGCCCGUAUCCUUCGAGCUGGCGGCCGAACUGGGAGCGUACGUCGUGCAGGCCGAGCUGGGAAACUACGACCCCCGGAAGCAUCCGCCCGGGUACGUGUCGGAGUUCCGGCUGCUCAACAACCAAACGAAGGAGAUCGAAAGCCGCAUCCAUGAGCUGCACAUCCAGCUGGAAGGGAUGGCCCCAUCGCAGGCCGAGUUCAACUAUCUGGACAAGGUCAAGUGGCAUGACAUGUACGGUGUCGAUCUUCACCCGGUGCUGGGUGAAGACAGCGUGGAGUACUUUCUCGGACUGACACCAGGUGGCAUCGUGGUGCUGCGGAACAAAACCACCGUCGCGCACUACUACUGGCCGCGGAUAGCGAAGGUUUACUACAAGGGCCGGUACUUUAUGCUUCGCGUCUGUGAUAAAAACAACGAAGUGAGCACGUACGGUUUUGAGACACCAAAAAAGAGCGCCUGCAAGCAUCUGUGGAAGUGCUGCGUUGAGCAUCAUUCGUUCUUCCGGUUGGUCCGGGUGGCACCGAUGCAGGCCACUGGCACGCUGGGCAGCAAGUACAGCUCCCGGUCGGAUCGUCACACCGGUAAGGAUCUACACACACAGCAACGUGUUCCACCGGUCUUUACCAGGACACCUUCGAGGAGACAACCGAGACGUGUGCUGAACGAUCCACCAGUAGAGGACAAAAUGUUCGACGCCCCGAAGUACAUCCAGCAGGAGAUCAAGUCCGUGUCCAUACCUCAACCGGCCCAGUCCUUUGAGAGUCCUUACCGUUCAACAUGCAGCAUCCCGGCAGCAUUGAGCGGUGGAGCGCCCUCUAGCGGUACGACCCGCUCACAAGGUCCUGCAGCUCCAGACUCGCCUCGCAGCACCCGUAGCGCACCCUGGAUGCGAUCCCAACAACGUGGUCUGUUCGGCAUCAACUCAAGCCCCAAAUCCGUACGCUCGGUGUCAACGCGCAUGAGCGCGCCAGCCAACAACAGCCGGAUGCGGUCCAGCUCGGUCGAAAGCCACUCGUCAAGUGAAUCCCGUUCAGGACGACGUCGCCGGCAUCGAAGUCGCCGCGUGUCAGACAACGAGAGCGAGAUGAGCCGUGGAUCGGGACGGUCCGGUCGAUCACACGGUUCACACCGGAAACACCGGCGCCACCGUUCGAAGAACCGGCGCAAUCGAUCCGACACGGAAAGUCGCGAUAGAAGCUACUCCGGACAUCGCCGAUCCGCGGACUCGAUCGAGCUUGUUGACUCCGGUGAGCAGUGGCUCGAGGUGCAGCGUAAGCAACACUCCGAUGCCGUCCCGAAAGCGGCCGUCAUCAAGAGCAGCCAGGUGAUGAAGGGUUCCCAUCCGGACGCUGGCAUUGUGCAGCAUCACCAGCGUAGCCGACGCCACCGUAAGCACCGUUCGCCCUCGGACAAGAUCUGGUCGAGUGAGCUGACUAAACACCUGCAGUUCGGGUUGGUCGAUACGACCGGCAUGACGGAGGAUCAGCUGCGCGAGAUCCCGUACACGGUUGUCGAGACGAACCACGCCGCGAAGAAACCGACCACGCUGAAGGUGCACAAGACUAGUCAUCAGUCGGCGGGCGCGCUUGGGCACCAUCAACAUCAUCUGCCGCAUCAGCACCAGCUCGGGCAGGCGCAUCAACACCUUCACCAUCAGGCGAGUAACAACCGCAUCGAUCGGAUACGGGAGUACCCGAAGGAUGGUGCCGGUGUCCUACCGGAACAUGCGCUUAAUGGUGGCUCGAUCCGGUCGGCCAGUACGAUCAGCUCUUCGCGGGACUAUGAUCGGAGUUCGGGACUUAUCAGGAUGAUGUCGAGCAUGAGCAUGGGUGACUUUAUCUCACCGACCAGCUCGAGUCUUAGCCCGCUGGAUGGUUCUGCGGGCUUGCGAGUGUCCCACGAGCACACCGAUUCUGGGUUGGGCGCCGACCAGGACUACGCGUACUCCUCGGAAAGGUCCAGCGAUAGCGCGAAAUACGGCACAAACAAGUCGUCCGGAGCGUCAGUGACAUCCGGCCACACGAAGUCAUCCUCAUCGAACAACGUGAAGCCGCAUCAUCACACUGUGAGUAGUCGGAAACCUCCACUCUGUCCGGGGCGACCCGGACCCACGAACCCUAUCACUCAGCAGCCACAGCCCCAGCAACAGCUGCAGCAGCAACCCCAGCAGCAGCAACAACCGCUGCCGCUGAGCAAAUACUCCUCGGUACCUGGUGUACAUAGCGCCAACGGCAGUAACAGUCGCUUGAUUAAUACUAAUAACACGCACUACCAAAACAACCACUACACGUUUAGUCUAACCCGAACCCCUCACCAGCAUCAGCAUCGCCAGCAGCAGCAUCAGCAGUCUCGGCACAACCUCACUAACAACCUUGGCGGUCGCGUUCAACCGCCCGGUGUCGGUAGCAUAGGCAGUGGGUUGGGUUCUAGCACGUACCUGGACGCGGUCGCGACCCUAUCGUCGUCAGCCGCGCCCUAUCACUGCUACUUCGACGGUGCGGGUUUCCGGUCAUCCGGAAAUGGACUUCCCGCUGUCACGGGAUCCGCUUCCCGAGGCACAAAGUCCGACAUCGGUGUACCGAUCCGCCCGAAGCGACACUAUCAUCAUCAGCACCAGCAGCAGCAGCAUCAGCAUCAGCAUCAACAUCAGCAACAGGCACGCCAGCAGCUGACGAGCGUGCACAAUUACGGUCGGCCGGGUGACCGGAAGCAGCGCCACGCAAUGGUGGCCUCUCCAUCGUUCAACAAGUCGAUCGAUUACCUGGAGAACUACAAGACUGGCGUCGAGCGGCUGCACCAGGGCAGCAUCGCGCACAACAACAACGGACCGGAGGUGUUCGCCGGGCUGCUCGGGAUUGGUGCCGGUCCCACGGCCGCUGGCAGCCAGAACGCUCUCAACAACAACACCCAGCAGUGGGUAGCCCAGGGUGAGGGCUCGCUGGCGUGUUUCGAUACCAAUCGCAAUCAGGAUGGGUCUUGUGUGGAGGAUACUGGCGUCACGGUGGCCACGCCAACGUCCGGUCGCGGUCGUCCUGACGCGGGCAGCCCAAGAUCGUCCGCGGGCGUUCCCGGCGACAACGGCAACGCGCCAUCGGAGCCCGGAAGUGGGCCGCUCGGCUCGCAGGACAGCCCGGCCAGGACGGGUGACUCGGUGGCGCUGGGCAAGCGGCCUGCGUACGGGUCCGGCUCGGUCUGGUUUGGGGCCGGUAAGAACAGCAACCAUCGAUCGUCCAGCUUAGAGCUGAUACUAACACCUAUCAUACAGAGCCGACGGUAA